CCAACAAAAGUGACUUCCCAUCUCACAACCCUAGUUAACCAACCCCUUCGUUUCCUUCCAUCUCCUGGUCCUGAUCUCUUCCACUUUCUUAUAUAUCUUCUCCACUUCUCUCCCCGGCGUGCUUGACCGUACCCUCGAGAUUGCAGCAAAUUUGGAGCCCUCCACAAUAGCCAACGCUAUCUGCCAUGGAAGAUUCUAAUUUUGUAGCAGCUGCUUCAUCAGCCGGUGAUCAGGACUCCAAGACUUGUCCUCGCGGUCACUGGAGGCCAGCCGAGGAUGAAAAACUCCGGCAGCUUGUAGAACAAUACGGUGCCCAGAACUGGAAUUCAAUUGCUGAGAAGCUCCAAGGAAGAUCAGCAGGGAAAAGUUGCAGAUUAAGGUGGUUUAAUCAGCUUGAUCCGAGGAUUAACAGGAGGCCGUUUACAGAAGAAGAGGAAGAAAGAUUGCUGGCAGCUCACCGCAUUCACGGGAACAAGUGGGCACUGAUAGCGAGGCUUUUUCCUGGUCGAACUGAUAACGCUGUGAAGAAUCACUGGCACGUUAUUAUGGCACGAAAGCAAAGAGAACAAUCCAAGCAGCAGCUGAGUGGGAAGAGAGUCUUCCAAGAUGUUUACAAUGAUUCUUCCAGUAACAGUUCCUCUUGUAAUAAAAGAUCAAAAUCUCAAGAUAUCUUUAGUUCCCAAACGUUCUUUGACUUCCGGAACAUGGAUAAAAGCAGAAUCAUUGCAGAAUAUUCUCCCUCCGUGUCUUUGGCUUCUUGGAAUUUUGCAUCCAUGGCGAAACAAGGAAAGGACAAUAGUUACUUCAACCCCUGCUUUAAUAUUUACUUCUCAGAAUGUUCCAAAAGUUCAGAUAGAUAUCUUUACAGAAUUUAUCCAAAUUCUGCAUCAUCGUAUGGCAGCAUUCUACCAAACUACAGGAGGGUUAUUCCAGGUCCCUACGCAGCAGUCUUUGGUUGUGAUGGUGGUGAUGAGAGAAAUAGGACAGUAAAUAAGGACUUGACGAAUGUAUGCGACACUUCAUCUGCAUUUGCAAACACGAGAGCUUCUAUGGAACAAGAGGAAGCAGAUACACACACAGAAGUUCCUUUCAUUGAUUUUCUGGGCGUGGGUGUGCCAUCGUCAUGACAGCCAGCAGUGAAGUAUUUAUUGAAUUUCAUUCAUACUAUACGUAUGACUAGUUAAGCUCACUAGCUAGCUUUUCGUAUCUCCUAUAUGGAGUAAUUAGCAUCAGGAGUUCUUAAUAUAUAUAUAUAUAUGGGUAAUUAACCUUGCGCA